AAACUGGAUUUAAGAGACCACAAAGCAGCUAACUUGAACCCAAUAAAAUGAAAACUGCAGCAUCACUCCUUGUUUUAUUUUUAAUUUCAACUUAUGGUGCAAACAGUGCUAAAAUCCUGGGUGUGUUCCCCGUUCCUGGCCGCAGCCAUUACAUCCUGGGCAGUUCCCUAAUGAAAGCACUUGCUGAAAAGGGACAUGAUGUCACUGUUAUCAGUUGUUUUGAAGAACAGAAUCCUCCAAAAAACGGGACUUAUCGCGACAUUGUCAUAACUGGAGCAGUUGACGAAAUGACAAAACAAAUGGCUAAAAUGAACAUGUUCGAUAGGGAAAGCACAAACCCAUUUGCUGGCGCUGUUUUCAUGUCUUUUCGGUUACCGGCAAUGACGGAAACGACUCUGAAGCAUGAAAAUGUCCAAAAACUUAUUAACUCGAACGAAAAGUUCGAUGCCGUGAUUGUGGAGUUUGCAAGCGAGGCUUUGUACGCGCUAUCCACGCAUUUUGGGGCUCCGUUGGUUACUUUUAGUGCAACGAGGGCAAGUCACUGGAUCAACCCCUUGGUUGGAAAUCCCUCCCCACCGUCUUACAUUCCCGACAUUAUGUUGGACUUUUCAGUACUCAUGACGCUUUACGAAAGACUUGUAAACAGUCUUGUCUAUGUGUUUAAUGAGCUACUGCUCAAUUUCGUCGUUUAUCCCAAACACAACGAACUAAUGAAAAAAUACAUUCCAAACGCACCAUCGCACAUAAGCGAAGUACUUUACAACCAUUCCAUUGUUCUGGUAAAUUCCCACCCAAGUGUCAACCGACCGGUCCCAUACGUCCCCAGCAUGGUCGAUAUUGGAGGUUUUCACAUCAAACCACCCAAAAAACUACCACAAGACCUCCAAGAAUUCUUAGACAGUGCUAAACACGGUGUUAUUUAUUUCAGUUUAGGCUCUAAUCUGAAAAGUGCACAACUUCCGCUUGAGAAACGUAACGCUCUCCUUCAAACUUUCGCAAAAUUGAAGCAAAAAAUUCUGUGGAAGUGGGAAGAUGAGGAUCUUCCUGGUAAACCGCCAAAUGUUAAAGUUGCGAAAUGGUUACCCCAACAAGACAUUCUUGCACACCCGAAUGUUAAACUUUUUAUAACACAUGGUGGUCAGUCCAGUACGACUGAAACCAUCUAUCAUGGGGUACCAAUUUUGGGAAUACCCAUUUUUGGGGACCAAAAAAUAAAUGCGAAAAGUGUAGCCAGGGAUGGUUGUGGUCUCUAUGUGGCUUAUAGUGAAAUAACUGAAGAGAAAUUGACUGAAAGUAUUAACGAAAUACUGCACAAUCAAAAGUACAAAGAAAAUGUCCAAAGGCGAUCGAAACUUUUCCACGAUCGCAUUGUUAGUCCUUUGGACACAGCGAUUUAUUGGGUUGAAUAUGUCAUUCGGCACAGGGGGGCGCCUCAUUUGAGAGUGGCUGCUUUGGACUUACCAUGGUACAAAUAUUUGUUGUUGGACGUUAUUGUAGUGACUGUUUUAAUUGUACUGAGUUCGAUAUUUGUUUUCUGUUACAUUAUAAAAUUAGUUACCAAAAAGUUGUGUUCAAGCAGUGUCAAAAAAACUAAGACAGAAUAAAGUAAAUAAAGCUUAUUUAAUAACCCUUUUCAA